AUGGCGGUCCCGGUCGCGCUCGAGAUCUUCUGGGUCGCGUGCAAGGCUGUCCUGAAGGUGCUCAUCAUCGCGAGCGUCGGGUGCUGGGCGAGGAAGAACGGGCUCCUGAACGCGGCGACCGCGAAGACGCUCUCGAAGAUCAACGGCGUCGUGUUCCUCCCGUGCUUGCUGUUCACGACGUUGGGGAAGUCCGUCUCCGCGAAGUCGUUGCGAGACGUGUGGCUCCUCCCGCUCGCGGCGGCGUGCAACAUCGCGAUGGGCGCGCUCUUUGGAAAUAUUCUCAUCCGCGCGUUGCGCGUCCCGCGCGCGUUCAAAGGCCCCGCGAUCGCCGCGAGCGCGUUCGGGAACUCGCUCGCGAUGCCCGUCGUCCUCAUCACCGCCAUCGUGCGCACCGGUCGGGUCGGGAACGUCGUCUUCACGCCUGAAGACGAGGCCGCGGCGUUCGUCUACGUCGGCGCCUACAUGACGACCUUGACGGUGCUGAUGUGGACGAUCGGCCCGCCGUGGAUGGCGAGCUCGAAGACGCCCUCGUACGACGACGGCGACGGCGACGGCGGGGGAAGGGAGAUGAUGCGCGCGAUCGAGGCGGGCGUCGGGGUGGGCGGCGGGGUGAGCGGCGGCGCGGCGGGGUCGGCGGAGGGCGCGAGAGCCGAGGGAAAAGGCGGCGGCGGCGGCGGCGGCGGCGGCGUCGUGAGGAGCGAGAGCGCCGUGGAGCUCCUGGGCAUGGACGGCGGCGGCUCCGAGGACGACGACGCGGUCGCGGUCGCGUCGUCCCUCUCCGCGCCGGCGCCGCCGAAACCGAAACCGCGCGCGUCGCGGACGUCGCGCGCGCUCGCGGCGUUGAGACCGGCGGCGAACGCCAACGUCUUCGCGUCGCUGCUCGGCAUCGCCGUCGGCCUCGUCACGCCCGUCCGAGACACGCUGUUCGAGACCGACGGCGCUUUAUACGUGUUAGGGGACGCGCUGAACAUCAUGGCCGGCGCGGCGAUCCCGCAGGUGAUCGUGAUACUCGGCGCCGAGCUCGCGGACGGGCCCGAUCACGCGACGUGCUCUCGCGACGCCGCCGUCGGCGUCGGGAUGAUUCGCCUCGCGGCGCUCCCCGCGAUCAACGUCGGGCUGUGUCUCGCGCUGAAGGCGGCGCUCCCGCCCGCGGCGGUGCCCGCGUCCGCGGUGUUCUGGCUCGUGUUUCUCAUCGAGGGCGGCACGCCGACGGCGAACAACAUGAUGCUUCAGGUGCAGAUGUUCGGCACGAGCGACGCCGCGGGGGGGAUCGCGACAUGUUUGUUCUAUCAAUACGCGAUGGCGCCCGUGAUGCUGACCGCGAGCAUAUCGCUGUUCUUACACCUGAUAUGA